AUGGUGUCGCAAAGAUUCAGGUUCACCGAAACUGCUGAUCACCCCCCAGAAGUCCCAGUUACCCGGGAACAGCUGAACCACUAUCGGAACAUGGCCGAAAAUGUUCAAAGUGAACUUGCAGCAACUUUGGUCAGAUUUGAAUGUGCUCAGUCGGAGCUUCGAGAACUGCGCUCCAAGAUGCUGUCUAAAGAAGUUUGCUGUCAAGAAUUGAAGGCUGAGAUGGAGAGCUAUAAAGAAAGCAGCGCCAGAAAAUCAUCUCUCCUCAUCUCUUUGAGGGGCAGAGUGCAGGAACUCCAGGAAGAAUCAGCAGCGUUUUCCGCUUCUAAAAUCAGAGCAGAGAUCUCUGCUAACGCCAUGAUGAAGGAGAACCAGGAACUCACGAAGAAAGUUCUAGAACUGAAUGGGAAAUUACAAAACUGUUCAAAGGAAAAUGAGGAGUCUAAGAAACAAGGCUCAGAGACUCUCCGGAGGCAUGAGGAAUUUCGGACUCAGCUUUGUGAUUGCUUGAGUCUAGACAAGAAGCAUGAGGGGACAUCGGAUGAAGAUUUAAUUCUAAAGCUUAGAGAGCUGUGCAAGGAAAACACAUUCCUGAAAGGACAAGUUGCCACUCUUGAAGAGACUAUAAAUGUCCAUGAGAUGGAGGCAAAAGCUAACAGAGAAACAAUCGUGAGGCUGGCAGCGGAAGGCAGCAGGGAGCAGAAAAGAGCUGCCUCCUGGGCCGAGGAGAAAGACAAGCUCAACCAGGACUUGGUCAGUGCUGUGGAGGCAAGAACAGCUCUAGAAAGGGAAGCCAAGCUCUUCCAAGAACGGCUGCUUGCUGUGCAGCGAGCCUGGAAUACUUCAAAACAGGAGCUGAACCAGCUGAGGAAAAGCUGCCAGCAGCUGGACACGAGUGUCAAGGCCAGCAGGGAUGCCGCGGCGGCUUCGCAAAGCCAGAACUCCUGCUUCAGGGAGAAGCUCGCUGCGCUUCUUAGCAGCAGAUUCGAUAUGGCUGAGUCCACGGAGGACGCCAUCUUGGAGCGGAUUCGAGAGCUCGGCAUCCAGGAAGAGACCCAGAAAAGGAUGGUCUCCCAGCUCGAGGCCCAAGUCUCAGAGCUUGUUGAACAGUUGGGGAGUGGAUCUGAGGUUCAUCAAAAAGCCCUACAGAGGGCCCGUGAGGCAGAAAAGAAGCUGGACACUCUUCAGGGUCAGCUGCGUGACCUGGAGGGAGAGCUGCUUUCUGGAGACGUCUCGAGAGACAACUUGAAUCUUGAGAAGCAAAAAUAUCUGAAGUUUCUGGACCAGCUUUCAGAGAAAAUGAAAUUGGGCCACAUAGCUGCGGAACUUGGCUUUGACAUGCGUCUGGAUGCAGUUUUAGCCCGGGUAGCGCAGUUGGUCCGCCUAGAAAGCAAUGCUGUCAUUGAAAACAAGACCAUCGCUCACAACUUACAGAGAAAGCUAAAGACUCAGAAAGAAAGGCUGGAGAGCAAAGAAGUGCAUAUGAACCUCCUCCGGCAGAAAAUUGCCCAGCUGCAGCAGGAGACGCAGGCGCGGUCAGCCUUGGCAGUGGAGAGGGACGAGGCCCAUCUCACCAUCAGGAAGCUGGAGAAGAAAGUCGAGAGGAUGCAGAAGGAGUUGAGUGUGUGUCAGGAACACAACACUGAGCUUAAAGCCAAACUGGCUGAUACCAGUGAACUCAAGAUCAAAACUUUGGAACAGACCAAAGCCAUUGAAGACUUAAAUAAAUCCCGAGACGAGCUGGAGAAAAUGAAGGAGCAAGUGGAGAAAAAGCUUAUGUUGGUCAAGUCUGAACUGGAAAGUACUAUGGAGGACGCUGAAGUGGACAAGGCCAGGUCCAGGGCCAUGAUCGAGGUGGCCAUCAUUGAACUGGAGUCCGUGAAGAAAUCCCUGGAAGAAGCGGAGAUACGAGAACAGGAGUUGGUGGACUUCAGGGAGGUGGUUUCUAGUACACUGGGCUUGAACUUGACCUCGCUCGCACGCCCUGACUAUGAGAUCAUCAAAUGUCUGGAAAGACUGAUCGAGUCCCAUCACCAUCACUGUGUUUCCUGUGCCUGCCUCAAAGAUGCGACUGCUGAGCAAAGCAGUUGCUCACAGUGCCACUAGAACGUCUAC